UGCAGCACCCGCUGGCGCUGGCGGUGGCGGGCCAGCCGCGCCACCUGUACUGGCUGGACACCAUGGCUGAGGGCGGGUCGAUAGCCCGUGCCCGACUGGACGCGGGAUCGCUCGAGGGUGGUCUCAACCUGAGCGACCAUAGCGUGCUACUGCGCCACGCGGGACACAGUCUCAAAGAUUUCUUUAUAUGGUCACGCGAAAGCCAGCAUGCUCCCGAGCACAGCAACCCGUGCGCGGCAUCAGGGACAGGUCAGGGCGGUGGCUGCGAGGCUCUGUGCCUGUGGGACGGACGAGCCCCUCGCUGCGUGUGUCCACACGGCGAGCUGGCGGAGGACGGGGCCUCCUGCAGGCCGUACACUGCGUUCCUGAUGUACUCCCGGCUCACCAAAAUCGACAGCAUCCACCUGGAGGAUUCCGCCAACCUCAACUCGCCGUACCCGCCCAUUGAGAACAAAACGCUGAUGCGGAACGCCAUUGCGCUGGCGUACGAGUAUGAAACACAAACGCUGUUCUAUUCUGACAUCCAACGUGGCUCCAUCAACAGCGUGCACUUCAAUGGCUCCGACCACCAGGUGCUCCUGGACAAAUGCGGCGCAGUGGAGGGUAUGGUGUUGGCGGCGGACAGCGGUGUGCUGUACUGGACGUGCGCGUCGUGCUCCGCACUGCGCUCCGCCCCGCUCGCCUCGCUCCGCGCCGCCCCGCUCGCCCGGCGGCGCCAGCGGCUGCGCACCGUGCUCCAGCUGCGUGCCGCCGACCGCCCGCGCGCCCUCGACUAUGACCCCUGCGAGAAGCGGCUGUACUGGACAAACUGGAGCGAACGGCGGCCGCGCGUGUCUCGCGCGCACGUCAGCGGGCGAGAGGUGCAGGACGUGGUGACGACCGACGUGCUGAUGCCCAACGCGCUGGCGCUGGAGCACGACGCCCGCCUGCUGUACUGGGCCGACGCCCGCCUCGAUAAGAUCGAGCGCAUGCGAUACGAUGGCUCGCACCGUCGGAUCGUCAGCCGCGAGCUGGCGGAGCACCCGUUCGCGCUGGCGGUGGGCGGCGGCUGGGUGUGGUGGACGGACUGGGUGUCGCGCGCGGUGCUGCGGGCCGACGUGCGCGGCGCGCCUGGCGCCCGCACGGUGCGGCGCGGGCUGGCGCGGCCCGCCGGCCUGCUGCUCGUGGGGCCGCGUCGCCAGCAGUGUGAGUGA